AUGUUCGAGCCUCGCUCCACCCGCGCAGAAUCCAAUCAAAAGCGCCUACAUACUCCGUACCGCAUUCCCGACAUCCAUCCCUGUCUUAGAACCUCGUCUGCUAGGAUGCCAACGACAGAAGUAGGCAACUAUGACAUGCUUGGCGCCAGACCUAUGGCCCCGCUGCCCAAGGUCAUACACACGGUACCACCGGCGCAGAAAUGCAUCGCCCAGAAUGACCAGUGGGCCCCCGGGCGGCCUGAUGUCGGUCGCACUUGCCCUGGGUCCUGGAAGUGUUGCGACAGUUGUCGCAGUGGCGAUAGCCUUGUCCUUAGGUACCGGCAUAAGAACAGCGGUACAGAUGAGACAGUUGCGCUCGAGAAGGUGUCGGGAGGCCACCGGCUCCACCAAGAGGCACAACCGACCACUUUGCAGGCCAACACGGCUAUCCACCACUUCUACGGCAUUGCAGAUGAGGAUGCGGCCGGUGCAGAAACCAGGUUGAACGAGGGCGAUGCAUCCGCGAUCACGUCCGCAAGGGAUGCAUGCUACAACAUAUUUGAUGGUGGUCUCAAGGUCACGCCGACGCCCAAGUCGCUCGGCGGGCAGCCAACCCCGAGCGCUGCUGGUGGCAAUUAA